UUCCAUAAUAGCAUCUUCUUCCUCCCCCAAUAUGGAAUGUUGCAAAGGAAAAGAGAGAGAAAAUGGUGAAAAUUCUGAGGAACAGUCCAAAAAGCAAAAACCAAAAAGAGAUAAGAGAGAGAUCUGGCCACCAAGAAGAACAACAGAACAGCAAACAUCAGAGAAAGAGCAGAGAAAAGAAAAGCUUCUCCACCAUUACCACCCCCUCUUCCAUAUCCAUCCAUCAUCAUCAUAUAUUGUUCUAAUCUUUUUUUACCUAUGCAGCCUCUCAAGUCUCACCCUCCUGCUUUGCUUUUAUCAUCCCAGCCACUCUCUCUCUCUCUCUCUCUAGCUUCAAUGGCCCAGAUGCACCAAGACUUCAGCUUUGAGAGAAAAAGAAGAGAACCCACCAAAUGGAAAUUGAAAACAAAUUUGCCCUUCUUCUCUCUAUCCAAGGGGAUGGAGAAAGGUGUUAGAGAUAGAGAGAGAGAGGCUGUAGGAUGGUAUUUCAACUGCGUGUCCUCCAUCCAACCAAACCCACCAUCAUCUCCAACAACAAAACAGAAGCCAAGCACUCAAUUCAACUCUCUUCUGUCCAUUCCCAUCUCCCAACAGACAAAAACCUCAAAGUAAAUAUGAGGGAAGAAAAGAUUGGAUUGGGAAAGGAAGGAAUAUCCCAGAAAUGCCCUUCUGCAACCUCCCAAAAGAAUCCCCAUCUUCAUCACGGCUACUAUUGCUUUGCUUCUCCCUCCUCUCAUACAAUCACACCACCUCUACUUCCUCCUACUGCUGUCUGUCACAAGCAAAAAUUAAAGAAAGAAACUUUAAACACUUCCUCCCACCACCACCUCUCUUAUUUCCAUUUUCCUUCUUUCUUUCUUUCUUCCCCACACAAGCCGAGUUAUGUGGGCUUCUUUGGGUUUUCUUCUUUGUCCUGGUCAGAGUUUUUCACCAGAGAAAACAGGGAAAAGGAAAGCGGAGAACCUUCCCACCUUCCCCAUUUCCCCUUAUCUCUCUCCCCUCUCUCUUUCACUCUCUUCCUCCCCUCUUUUUCUUGCUUGUCUCUCUCUCAUUCUCACCUCCAUUUCCCAUUCUCUCUGCCUCUCCUACCUUCAUUUCUUCUCCUUUCUUCCUCCUUAGCCUUUAGAUCUUGUAUUGGUGUGAUCUGAGGACCUCCAUGAUGAUGAAGAUGAAAGGUGUUGCUGCUGCUGCUGUGACUGUGGGAUCUUCUUCUCCUUAUGCAGCUGCUGGAGCUGGGUAUGAUGAUCCAAGGAUUAGGUUCAAGCAUGAGAGCCUGAUGCAGGACUAUGAGGAAUUGCUCAAGGAAACAGAAGCGAAGAGGAAGAGGUUGGAGAUGAUGAAGCAGAGGAAAAUGACACUAAUGGCUGAAGUGAGUUUCUUGAGGCGUCGGUUCGAGUACUUGACAGAAACCCAGACUCAGAACCCUAAGCCGGAACAAAAGCUCUUGCCAUCACAAACCACAGUGAUUAACAAGAGCAAGAAAGCGAGGAACAAGAAAACGAUCUCCAGUAACCACAAACCUCCUGCUUCUGCUUCGAGGCAGCCUGCUCCAAAGUUCGAUUUGAACCGGAAGGGCAGGGUUUAUACUGUGAAGGACUCAGUUGCAGCAAGAAGUUCAGCAGCACCAAGUAUUGACUUGAACCAGAAGCAGCAGAAGUCCUAUUAUGUGGGAAGAGAAGCUGCAAUGAGGAAUUCCGGGGUGAUUCCUGACCUUAAUGAGAAGGAAAGGAUGCUCGGUGGGAAGGAUGCUGCUGCUAGAAACAAUGCUCCAUUCUUCGACUUGAACCAAAUCUCGACUGAAGAGGAAGAAUUACAGACAAAUGGAGCAACAAUGACGAUGACGAGAAUAGAGGAGCCUAGGAUAUUAAGUACAUUGCAUGGUGGAAUCAUCGAUGAACAACUCAACAACGACUUGAAGUUAUCGGCCUGUAGGAACUUAGGGAACAUGCCCAGCCGGGUUGGGAAGAGGAAGAUAUCGUGGCAGGAUCCAGUAGCUUUAAGAGUGUGAGGGUUUGUUUCUUUUCUUGCCUCAAGAAAAGAUUACAUCAUUCUUUACCCUCCUUCAAAGCUGGUUUUUUCGCCUUGUAAUAGCCAGAACAAAACCUCUAGAUGAGAGAUAACCCACUUCGUUGUAAAGCAGAAAACAAUUCCACGAUAUAGCGUAUAUAUCACCAUAUCACUUGACAGCUCGUUGAACACAUAAAGGAUCCGAUUCUCCGAACUGUUAACACACAUUCGGUACAUCUGUUCUGCAACUCCUUAUAGCUGAAGGAAUCAACUGCAUUGGUUUGAUCUUGCGAUCACACUCGUCCAUGCCUUCCUCGAACGACAGCCAUCAACCAGAUGCCAUAACAAUGCUAUGCUUUGGUUGGCUUCAUCUGUUCAUCAUGGGUUCUGAAUGCGUCAACAAUCAGUCCAGCAAAGCUGCUUCCUUUAUUCUUCCUCCUCCAUUUCUGCAGAGACUUAUUGUUUUUGUGGUAGGGGAAGUUGUGAUGUUGCUUUCUGUCUGG